AUGACGACCGCCAUAGCUCCCCAGCCCAUCAUGCCUCGUUCGGACCUCGUCCCUCUCGCUGCCGCCCGCCCCAAGUCAGCCAAGCCCAUGCCGGGCAAGGAGAACCUCUUCUCUCACAAGCCGAACGCCCAGCCCGGUCAGCUCACGCCUGCCCAGCGCUCCCGCCGCGAGAGGCCCUGCGACGCCUGCCGCCGCCGCAAGAGCCGUUGCGUCAUCCACGAAGGCGCGCUGCUGUGCGUCCUGUGCGAGUUCCACAAGCAGGAGUGCACCUUCGUGCAGAGCCCGCUGCCGCGGAAAAGGAAGAUCAACGUCGACGGCCAGAAGGAGGAAAGCGCCAAGAAGAGAUCAGUCGAGCGUGAGCAGCCGCAGAGCACCACCGUUCCGCUCCAACAGCCCUCCCCCACCACCAAGUUCUCCCGCCGAGCACCCCAUCUCGCCGAUACCACCGGACAGGCCCUCCAAGAGACGCUCGGGCUGCAGCGUCGCCAGCACAGCCGCUACAUCGGGCCCACCACACCCUUCGACCCACUCCUGAUCGGCUUGACCCAGUUCGAUACGCGCAACGAGAGCACCUUCGACCUGGGCGUGCUGCGGAAGGUCCAUGACAAUGAACAUUUCAUCAUGCUGCCGGACGAGAACACCCAAGACUUUGACAGCGAAAUUGAGGCGCUCAAUGCCGUCGAGGCUGUGGUAGCACCACAUGGCUCCCAGCUCAUUGAUGUGUACUUCCGUUCCGUGCACCCUAACUUUCCCAUCAUACAGAAAACGUUGUUCAUGCAACGGCAUCGCGAUGCCGAUCGCCAGAUAUCUCCACCCCUCCUAGCGGGCAUCUACAUGCUGGCCCUGCAAUGGUGGUCGUAUGAGCCCAGAUUGGCAUCACUGCCCAAGCCCGAUGUCAGCAAGCUGGAGGCAAUUGCUUCCCACUGGCUACCUAAGGCCAUGGAACGGCCCAAGCUCUCGACGAUCCAGGCCGGCCUCCUGCUGCUGCAGAGACCGGACUCCGACUCUUGGAGUUUGACGACUCAGCUCGUUGCCAUUGCACAAGAGCUUGGCCUGCACCUCGACUGCUCCAACUGGUCGAUUCCAUUGUGGGAGAAGGGACUGCGCAAGCGGAUUGCCUGGGCCUUGUACAUGCAGGAUAAAUGGAGCUCGUUGAUCCAUGGCCGGCCAUCGCACAUUUACAAUGCCGACUGGGCGGUGAAACCGAUUAGUGACGAGGACUUCUACGAGGACGGCGCUCAGACGGGCGAGGUUCUCCGAGCAGGUAGCGAGGAGGAGGCUGCCGAUGAAGAGCGAGGCGCAUACGUCUUUGCGCAAAUGAUUACGCUGACAGCCAUCAUGGCGGAAGUCAUGGACACAUUCUACACCCAGACUGCGAUCCAAGACUUCCAGAAUGCCGGGAAGAACUCGACGCGGCUAAUCCUCGAUCGGGCCAAGCCGGUGCAGAUCAAGCUCAAAGAAUGGUUUGCAAGACUGCCGGCAAGCACGCGCAUCGACAGUCACAAUUCCGGCCGCUCGUCCAACACCGCCACCGGUGCCCUGCAUCUGGCCUAUUUUGCCACUGAGAUCACGCUUCACCGGCGGAUCGUACAGUCUCUCGACCCAGAAACAUCAGACCCAUACCUCCUCUUCAUCUGCCGGUCGGCAGCCAAGACGCGCCUGAUCAGCGCCAUGGACUUUGUGAACCGUUUGACGCCUGCUCACCUCCAAUCUUUCUGGUACUUUGCGUCCAAGAUCAACUUCACUCUGAUCGGCACGUUUGGCAGCCUGUUGUGGGCCACCGCGCCGGGCAGGGAGGAAGCCGAGUUCUACAAGACGCGCUUGCGGGAGUACCGAUGGACGCUGAGCGUCAGUGCAACGCGUGCGCGUUGGUUGGAGUACGCUGUGCAGAUGCUCGACGCCAGCCGUGAGAUGUUACGCGGCAUGAAGGAGAAGCCGCCGCUUGCCGAAACCAUUGCCGCCCAGCAGCAGCAACAACAGCAGCAGCAAUCAUUGGCCCAACAGCAACAGCCGCAGCAACUUGUUGUUAGCGAUAGCGGCGUUCCAUCAAUGAAACCUGGUGGCAGCGCUCUGCGGCAAGGCCUCUCUGUGCAGUUCCUCCAUAGCGGCAGUGGUCAGCACUAUGGUUCGGAGCCGUCCGUCUCGUUUGAGGGCUACGGCCCUGGUGACGACAUGGGCGAGGAGUACGAGGGCAGCAUCGGCGAUGGUGACUUCGAUGAACGCAUGAGCGAGGGGAGUGAUAAGGGCGGCCUGAAGACACCGGUUAGUGCGGCAUGA